UUCACAUUGGCUUUGGUAAAUCGUUAUACCUGGCAAUGCAUGUCCCUCUCACCUGGCUAGUGCUGGCCUUGGCCGUCCUGCACCCUGCUCCGACCGCCCGCUCAACCGUGGUCGAGGACUUCAACGAUGUGGCGGGGUGCAAGGACUCACUGUACAUGGGCACACCGCCGCGGGGCAUCCUGGGCAGCAACCUGAAGAAGAUCUGCCAACGCUACGCCGACAAGCCGCGCUAUGUCACCCUCUAUGACACCAAGAAACGCAUCCCGGUUUACUCUGCCUACACCUUCAAGAAGACAGAGGGAGACAGGCGGGUGGAUUAUCCAUGGAUGUACGAGCCUCAGCUUGCAGAGACAGAUGGCAAUGGGAACAUGAUGCCUUUCCCCACUGGAUAUUUGCACAUGAAGUUUGAAAACGGUCAGGCGGUUCUCGACGACUACUCAGACGUGGUGCUCUACGAGCGAGGCCACUUGAACCCAGACCAGCACCAGUCACACCCCCACGACCGUGCCGCCACCUACACGCUGACCAAUGUUGUGCCAGAAAUCCGCGAGUUCAACAUAGGCCCGUGGCGCGAGUACGAAGAGCGCAUCCGCAUUCGCCUCAACAACUACUGCCGCGGCACUGCCUUCAUCGUGACGGGGGUGACCACUAGGGGUAACAUGAUCCGCCGCAACAAUCAAGACCGCGUGGCCAUCCCCGAAGACAUCUGGUCGGCAUAUUGCUGCACUGAGUACGACCGCAACGCGCCCCACGAUGUCCGUAUACGCUUCCCCUCGCACGCCGCUCUGGCCAAGAAUGCCAAGGAGGGCAGCUCAGUUCAGGAGUUCACCGUCAUGGAGCUGGAGAACUUCCUUAAGUACCACAUGGACGUGGACCAGAACCUACAGAUCUUCUACGACAACUGCAUUGCGCCCUCUCCUCUUCCCCUCUACCUGCAUCAUACUAUUUGACGGAAGGCAUCGACCUUCAGGGCCAAAAAAAUUCGUCGCCCUCGGGGUCGAUGUUUCCCAUGACGCACAAUAUGACCAUUUGUGCCUUCGUGUUUUUUUGUGGGAGUCAUCCUUUUUCUCUGAAAUGUCUUUAUCAAUGUGAUAACACAUCGGGGGUUAAAGUUGAGUUAUAGUUAACCUAUUGUGUAAGAAAGUGAAAGAGGGAUUGAUAAGCCCACAAUUGACUCCAUUAUAGCAGUUUGCAAAUGUUAGAGAUAAAACGCUACAACCCAGCAAUCUGUAUGACAUAACAUGAUAUCUGAUUAUAUUUGACUAUGUUAUGUAUGAAUAAACAGGCUACUGCCAUUAAAACA